UCCCCCCUAAGCCCCCCGUCCCAGUCCCCAUGGCCGCCGUCCCCCCCAGUCCCCCCACUGCUCCCAGUCCCCCCGCUAGUUCCCUCCCAGUGUCCCCGGGGGCACAAAGUCCGGGCGCCAUGUGGGGCAGAGCGGCCGUGGGGAGGCUGUGGGGACGGGGCAUGGCGGCCAGGGAGACCCAGGCGUUCAGGGAGGGGACCCAGGCGUCCGGGGGGACCCAGGAGUUCGGGAAGGGAACCCAGGGGUCCGGGCGGCCGCUGGCGGGGAAAGUGGCCUUGGUGACAGCGGCCACGGCCGGGAUCGGGCUGGCAGUGUCGCGGGCUCUGGGGGUCGCGGGGGCCUCUGUUGUUCUCAGUUCCCGCCGUGCCCCACACGUGGAGGCUGCUGUGGGGCAGCUGCGGGGGGAGGGGCUGGAGGUCAGCGGGGUCGUGUGCCAUGUGGGGCAGCCCCACAGCCGGGAGGUGCUUGUGCAAAAGGCCCUCGACACCUACGGGGGCAUCGACAUCCUGGUGUCCAACGCAGCCGUGAACCCUGCCCUGGGCCCCACCCUGGACGCUGACGAGUCGGUGUGGGAGAAGCUCUUCCAGGUCAAUGUGACGGCAGCUGCCAUGUUGGUUCGGCUGGUGGUGCCGCACAUGGAGCGCAGGGGGGGCGGGGCCAUUGUACUGGUGUCGUCGGUGGCAGCGUAUUCGCCAUUCCCGGCGCUGGGUCCCUACAGCGUCAGCAAGGCGGCGCUGCUGGGACUGGUGAAGGUUUUGGCCAAUGAGCUGCGGCCCCGCGGGAUCCGCGUCAACGGCGUCGCGCCCGGAUUGGUCCGGACCCACUUCAGCGCUGCUGUGAGGGGCGGGGCCAAUGGGGCUGUGGGAGGAUGAGCCCACGCUGCAGCGCGUCAUGGCCGCCAUGGGCAUCGACAGGCUGGGCACCCCAGAGGACGUGGCCAAGGUCGUAACCUUCCUGUGCUCACCUGACGCUGCCUACGUGGUGGGAGAGACCCUGGUGGUGGCCGGGGGGGCGCCCUCCCACCUCUAGGGGGAGCUGGGAGCCCCCGGCGGGUUGGGCCACAGGGAACGUGUGGGGCCUGCAGGGCUGCUGUAGGGGGCGCUGCAGGGGGGAGUUUGGGCUGAACUUCAGGGGUUUGGGGACGUUUCUGUGCGUUUGGAGCUCCAAUAAAAAUGCUGGGACUGGCGGCUGAGCCGAGGGGGUGUUCUGGGCGGUCGGGCAGUGACGGGACCGUGAGCUGAGGGGAGAACAGAGUUGAGGUCAACGCAACCAGUUGGGGCCGGUGUCUGGUGGGUCCCUCAGGUCAGUUCUGUGACCCGUGCCCUUCAAUAUGUACAUCAGCAACUUGGAUGAGACUUAAUUUUGUGCCCCCAAAAUAUGGAAAUUUGCACCCAAAGCCCUUGAUUUUUCUCCUCCCAAAGUCUUCACUUCUAUGCCGCAAAAUCUUCACUUUUGUGGUCAAAAAUCUUCCCUUUUCUGGCCAAAAAAAAAAAAGCAAGCAUUUCUGUGCUCAAAAAUCACUUGCUUUGAAAACCCACCAUUUUACAUAUUAAAGAAACCAUAAACUUUUAUUUUUUGGGAAAAUCCCUGAUUUGUCUCUUUACUCCCAGGAAACACUCCCCACACAAACAACCAAAACUGACCAUUUUUUGCCUUUUUUUAUCCAAACCCGCUUUUUGCCACAUUCUGCCCUGCCCAGUACUAUUUUACAACCCAAUUUUAACCCCCCCCCAGACUAUGGAUUUUACCCCCAUCUGGGGGUCGGAGGGAUCACCCGGAUGCCUGGGUCCCUCCUUGGCAGUGGCGUGCCCCCUUGUGGCUGCCACGUCCCAUCUCCACCUCUCCCCUGAUUGGCCGCCACCUUCACCCGCCUCCCUCUCCCUCAGCCAAUCACAGUGCAAGAUCCACUUUUUCCCCUCUCCUGAUUAGUCAAGAGCUCGAGCUGGGGGGGGGAUGGGGAAGACCCAAUUCCAGCCCAAUUUGCCCUAAAAUGCCUCAUCCUGGACUUUGAGGUUCUCCAGGAUUUCUAGAGGUCUAGAACCUUCUCCAGAUGCCUGGGUCCCCUCUUCCUGGAUGCCUGGGUCCCUCCCAGACCCUUUAAUUCCCCCCCGUGGGCAUCCCGGUUCCCCAGGGACACCCCGUCUGACCGGAGAGCUCGUCUUGCAGAACCUCAGCAAACCAAGGGCCCUCAGGUCUGACUGGAUCUCAUCCCAGCCUUCCUGUCCCAAGGAGCCACCAAGGACACAGGGCCAGGCUCUGCACCAUGGCACAUGGCUGGAGGACACAAGACUAUGGGUGGAAUGGGAAAGAGAAGAGGUUCAGUCAGGACACAAGGACAAUGUUUGCCCCAUGAGCUCAGCCAGGAACCCAGAGGGGAGUCACAGUGUCAUUUCUUGUGGGUUUUCAAACUUGGACUGUAUCAAGGCUUGAACACCUUGGUCUGACCCAGUUUGUGACAGGCUGGACUGCAGACUCCUGAGGUCCCUUCACCCUCAGCUCCCUAACGAUCCCAUGAUGAUGUUGGGCCCUGGUUCUGACUGGAGAUACUGAGGGACAUGAAUCCUCCUGUGCUAUGGGUGACCAUCUAAACCAACACCUAGACCAGUGAAGAGAGGUUGACACCUCUCUUCUGGGCAAAGACUGAGGAGUCCUGGGCAGGGAAGAUUUUGGGGGCAUGGGGCUCUGCAUCAUUUAAUGUCAACGAAAAUGAAAGUAAGAACUGAGGACAAAGACAAAGCAAAGAAAGGUGUCAGCACACAUUUCAGCUUUUUUAAGUUUGGGGGGGAAUUUCCUGUUUCUGAAAAGGAAAGUGUUCUCCAGAACUGGAAUGGCUGUAGGACACAGAUGUCUUCAGGUCCAGGGACACAGACACCUGGUGCCAGUGCAGAUGUCCCGGGACCCGCUGCCUGGCUCCACCUGCACUGCAAGGUCCUCUGGUGUCCCUGGGCCCUGUGGGACAGAUGGCAAUCCCAGGACAGCACCUCGGGGGCACUGGGCCCUACGAUGGCGCUGGCUGUUCCUGGUCAGACACCUGAUGUCUGCCUGGGACGCUGCAGCACCAUGAGCUGGUCCAGACCACGGGUGGUGCAGAGCGAGCCUGGCUCUGGAGCAGCACUGCGGGUUUGCAAAGGGUGUGGGGCUGAGUCCCCCAGCCGCACGGGCCAGCGCUGCAGACUCUACUCAAGGACGUCCCCGUGAACAAACAAACCAGGAUCAGUGCAGAAUGGACAUUAAAAAUCAAACAUUUUAUUCA